AUGGAUUACCGACCCUCUCCUCAUUUCCAGCCUCACCUGGCUGGCUUUUACUGUGGGGGUUCUCAGUCAGGGUCCCUGGGGGGAAUCCCAGGGAAAACCCCUCAGGACCUGGAGGAGUUGCCUCCCCCUGCCCGACACCCUGUUGCAGUGUGCCAGCAGGAGAGCCUGUCCUUUGCUGAGCUCCCAGGGCGCUUUGAGCUGGGCCACUGGCCUCUCAAGGUCCCACCUGCUUCUCAUGGGCUGCUGUGGCCGCUGCCAGUAGCGACUCAGGACACCAGGGGCCCUGCCUUUGGAGAUGACGGCCUAAGUGAGUUCUUAGGAGGACCCCGGAGUCCCCAGCAUCCAGAACCCCAACGCCGCACCAGCCACAGUUCUGAGGAGAAAUCUGCCUGGCGGAAGAUGCGGGUAUAUGAGAGCCAAGAGGUCACAGGGAGCCCCAGAGCCGAGGAUGAUGCUGUCUUCCCUGAGGUCGGGGUGGAGGUCCCUGAGCCUCAUCCUGCUUUGGAAGUGCCACGGACCCUGGUGACAGCAGUGACUCCCCGGGUGGGACCCAAAGAACCAGAGAGGAGACGCUUCUCAGCUUCGGAGUUGAUGAGCCGGCUCCAGUCUGCCCAAAGAAAGGCCACUCUCUCCCUGUGCCUGGGCAAAGGCCUGACCAAGGACCGAGGGCUCUGGGCUGCCAGGGAAGGGAGAGCCCCUGAGAAGGAGCCGAGCUGCUCAGAGAUGAGGGUCGAUGGCCUUGUGCCCCCAGCCAUAAGUGGUCCUAGUGAGAGGGAUGACAGCUGGCCUGAUACCAGGCCUGACCCACUAGAGGAAGCAGCCCCCAAAGCGUGGGCACCUCAUGAGCGACGCCAGUCACGUUUCCUCCUUAAUUCUGUGCUGUACCAGGAGUACAGUGAUGUGGCCAGUGACCGGGAGUUGCAGCGGCAGAAACACGAGGAGGACACCUUGGGGGAGGAAGCUGAGGAGGAGGAGGAGGGGCCGGGCCCACCUCGGGCCAACCUGUCCCCUAGCAGCUCCUUCCGAGCCCAACGCUCAGGCCGUGGCUCCACCUUCUCCCUGUGGCAGGACAUCCCAGAUGUUCGGAGCAGCGGCUUCCUGGCCAUCAUUGGCCUUCAAGAACGAAAGCUGCAGGAGGCCAAGUUUGAGCUGAUCACGUCAGAGGCCUCCUAUAUCCACAGUCUCUCUGUGGCUGUGGGCCACUUCAUGGGCUCCUCGGAGCUGGCCGAGUGUCUGGGGGCCCAAGAAAAACAGUGGCUGUUCUCCAAGCUGUCCGAGGUCAAGGCCACCAGUGAGAGGUUUCUGCAGGAGCUGGAGCAGCGCCUGGAGGAGGACAUACUUCGAUUUUGUGUGUGUGACAUCGUCUUACGUCACUGCCCCGCCUUCCGGCGUGUCUACCUGCCUUACGUCACCAAUCAGGCCUACCAAGAGAGCACCUACCAGCGACUGCUACUGGAGAAUCCCAAGUUUUCUAGCGUUCUGGCUCGUCUGGAAGAGGCCCCCAUUUGCCAGCGCCUGCCUCUCACAUCCUUCCUCAUCCUGCCCUUCCAGAGAAUCACCCGCCUGAAGAUGCUAGUGGAGAAUAUCCUGAAGCGCACUGGGCAAGGCUCACGGGGUGAGGACAUGGCCACCAGGGCCUUCAAUGAACUCAAGAAGCUGGUACAGGAGUGCAAUGCCAGCGUGCAGUCGAUGAAGAGGACAGAGGAACUCAUCCAUCUUAACAAGAAAAUUCACUUUGAGAGUAAGAUCUUCCCACUGAUCUCCCAGUCCCGCUGGCUGGUGAGGCAUGGGGAGCUGGUGGAGCUGGCACCCCCUACCAUGCCUGCUGUCUCUGCUGCCAAGCCCAAGCUCUCCACCAAAGCCAUCUAUCUGCAUGUCUUCAAUGAUUGCCUAUUGCUUUCUCGAAGGAAGGAGAUGGAGAAGUUUGCUGUCUUCCUUUAUGCCAGGAUGCCUGAGAUCCGGGUGAAGGACCUGAGUUCCAAACUCCAGGGAAUCCCAGGCCAAGUCUUUCUCCUCCAGUUCCUACAUAGCCACCAGCCCAAGAGCCAGCUCCUCCUGAGGGCUCAGACAGAAAGUGAGAAGCAGCGGUGGAUCUCAGCCAUGUGCCCUUCCAGCACCCAGGAGGACAAGGAAGCCAUCAGUGAGAAUGAAGACCUCCCCCAGGUGCAGUGUAUCAGAGCCUACAAGGCUCUGGAACCAGAUGAGCUGACCCUUGAGAAGGCCGACAUCUUGGCUGUGAGGACCAGGACCAGUGAUGGGUGGCUGGAGGGAAUCCGCUUGGCAGAUGGUGAGCGGGGCUGGGUGCCACAAGCCUACGUGGAUGAGAUCACCAGCCGCAGUGCCCGUCUUCGAAACAUCCGGGAGACCAGAAUGAUCGAGAGUGCCACCAAUAAACUACAGGAAGCCGCUGCAUGA